AUGCCGGGCCCGGGAUGCUGGAGCGUGUCCGUAGCGGCAGUGUUCAUUCUCGCGGUCGCGGUGUCCCAGGUUCGGGGCGGUCUCUAUUCCCCGGAUGAGCCAUUGGUGUCCCUGGCCGGGGCGACCCGUUCUCUCCUGCUCGGGUCCAACAGCUCCUGGCUCGCCGAGUUUUAUGCUUCCUGGUGCGGACACUGCGCGGCGUUCAGACCGACCUGGAGUGCGCUGGCUCGGGAUGUGCAAGAUUGGAGACCGGCAGUAUACCUGGCUGUACUAGACUGUGCAGAGGAGUCAAACAGGGAUACCUGUAACGAAUUUGGGGUUACUGGGUACCCCACAGUUCAGUUCUUUAAAGCGUUUGCAGGAAGUCCUUCGGAGGGUGUACGAGUUCCAGCUUCGUCUGUACAAGAAAUCAGACAGCACAUCAUCGAUAGACUGGAAGAGCAGAAGGAGUCCCCACCACCAGCAUGUCCUCCUUUGGAACCAAUCAGCGCCCCCGAGUUGGAGCAGUUCUUCGCAAACAACAAUGAGGCUUAUCUGGCUGUGAUAUUUGAGGAUGCCAAGAUGUACAUGGGUAGAGAGGUGGCUCUGGAUAUGGUUCAGUACGAAGGUGUCUCGGUACGCAGGGUAGUUAAAGACCAAACUGACUUGGUGGAGAAGUUCAACGUAUCUUCAUUCCCCGCUGGUUUUUUGAUUUCUAAGAACGGAUCUACCAGCAGAAUUAACCUUGGGGAAGAGACUCGCUCGGCGUAUACCAAAUUCCUGCGUUCACUACCCGGAGUGCAGAGGGGAAAACACGCUCUCAUCGGAUGGUCGGAGACAUCUCUCGUAGCUACUGAAUCACCGAAGAGACAGGCCGACAGCGCCAAGGUGUACAUGGCAGAUCUUGAGUCGGCUCUUCACUAUUCCUUGAGGGUGGAGGUUGCUCGAUUCGCGACCUUGGAUGGGGAGCGACUUAAGGCUCUCUCCAAUUUCAUCAAUGUGCUGAGAAAGUACUUCCCUGCCCGUCCGUAUCUGCGUACAUUACUGAAUUCUGCUAAUUCCUGGCUGCGCGCCCGCGCUAAAACCAAAGUCUCAUACAAGGAUUUUGAGGAUGUUCUCAACAACAAAAAUCAGGCCCAGAAAGCUGUUCUGUCAUCGGAUGUGCGCUAUGUUGGAUGUCAGGGUUCCAAGCCCCAAUUCCGUGGCUUUCCGUGUUCCCUCUGGACCCUUUUCCACGUUCUAACAGUCCAGGCAUCUGAAGUAGCAACCCUGGGAAGAAUUAGACCCGAUCCCAGUGAGGUCCUGUUAGCGAUGCGUGGCUACGUCCAGCAUUUCUUCGGCUGCAGAGAAUGCGCCCAGCAUUUUGAACGUAUGGCCCAAGAGUCCAUGCGCAACGUCCGCUCUUUGGAUGAAGCCAUCGUGUGGCUGUGGGAAAGACACAACCGUGUGAAUAAGAGAUUGGCAGGUGCACAGAGUGAAGAUCCAGCCUUUCCGAAGGUUCAGUGGCCUACUGCAGCGCUUUGCCCGCUCUGCCAGUCCAAAGCAGAUAUGUCCUGGAACCUCCCCAGCGUUCUAGAUUUCCUGAAAGCUCAUUUUGGCAAAAAAAAUCUAGCAGAUGAGUAUCUGGAAGAUGAGGAAGUGCUGCUGGAAAAACAGAAAAAGGCACACAAUGCAACCCAAAAAAGGGAUAAGAGAGAUGUUACGGAUGAGGAGAAGAAGUCUGAAAUAAUCCAGAACCGUGAUGACACCGAGAACACACGUGAUGAUCCGAGAGAAGAUGACGAUGAAGAAAAGAGCGAUGCAUAUGACAAAAACUCAUAUGGACCUAAUAUGUUUCUAAGCAGAUCUCUUAAGGACUCCAGCCUGCACAAGGGAAACCAUGCUCUACAUCCAAAAACCCUUGUAGAACCUCGUGAUGCAGAGUUCGAUGAAGCUGCUGUGAGAGAUCGGUCACUAAAGAGAGGAGUAGACGCCAAUUACCUUAUUGGUGUGGUGGUGGAGCGUGGGGAGGUGAAUAGGAAAGGCCGUUGGGUGAAGAUGCUGGAGGUUGGCUUCUCUCGUUUGGACAUCAGCCUGUGCGUGGUUCUCUAUUUCCUUUCCAGCAUGUGUCUCCUUGCCAUGUACCUUUACAUGAGUCUCAAGACACGCUGCCCCCGACAACGAACACACUUGAUGAUCCGAGAGAAGAUGACGAUGAAGAAAAGAGCAAUGCGUAUGACAAAAAAACCAGAGGACCAUCCGCAUCAGAGGCCCAGUAUAAUAAAGAUGAAGCAUGUGAGCCAUUUGCAAGUAGAAGAGGAAAUUCGAGAUCUAGACUCAUACGGACCUAAUAUGUUUCCAAGCAGAUCUCUUCAGGACUCCAGCCUGCACAAGGGAAACCAUGCUCUACAUCCAAAAACCCUUGUAGAACCUCGUGAUGCAGAGUUCGAUGAAGCUGCUGUGAGAGAUCGGUUACUAAAGAGAGGAGUAGACGCCAAUUACCUUAUUGGUGUGGUGGUGGAGCGUGGGGAGGUGAAUUGGAAAGGCCGUUGGGUGAAGAUGCUGGAGGUUGGCUUCUCUCGUUUGGACAUCAGCCUGUGCGUGGUUCUCUAUUUCCUUUCCAGCAUGUGUCUACUUGCCAUGUACCUUUACAUGAGUCUCAGGACACGCUGCCUCCGACAACGGUGCUCAUAUCUGCAAGUGUGA